AUGUGGUACCUGCGCUUGGCUUUGGUCUUGGUCAGCCUGGCGAUUGUUUGUUGGGCGGACACCUUGGUCCAGCUUAAUGUGAAUCGUCCCUUCAACGAUGUCAACGAGAAAUUCGUGAGUUUUGCCGUAAAGCCAGAGGACCUGUAUGAUGCCUUGGAUGGUAAGAAUCGGAAGGGGGUCACCAACCUGGCAAAUCUGCUUGGGGAUGCCCAUAUAAAGUUCGUGGGCGACUUCUAUUUUGCUAGUAAUGCACCUACCAGGCUGCGAAAUCCUAGCAAGAUCAUCUGGAAGGGAUUUAAUCGAUGGACCCGUGCCGUAAACUGGACCAUGAUUAUUCCGGUUCCAUAUGCUCCCGAUGAGUGGGACUCGAUGCACACUCUGAAGAUCCUGAACACAUCCUAUAUGGUGGGCAUCACCGAUUGCAUCUGGCAGCUGGGCACAAGUUUUGGCACUGCCAGGGCCAAGGAUUACAUCCAAGAGCUUCGAACCCUUAAACUGAUGACGGAUACAUUUAAGCCCUAUGUAGACGACUGGCGGUUAAUGGGAGCGGACAUUUCAGCAGGAAGCAGUGCGGAUGAAACCAAGAGAUACGUGGACAUGUCCAAGGAUCUAAAUGCAGCCUUUGGUUGGACACAGCCUGCCAACAUGUUGCCAAAGACGAGUUUGGGUAGCUACCUGUACGACAGCGAUCCCGCCCUGCGCGUUCUGCAACAACAGCGUGUUCCUUUGUGGUUGACACUGCCGGAGGAGAGAUCCUCGCAAAGAUUGGUCGGCGAUGAGACCACGGAUGCCCUGCGAUGGGCCCAAACAAUGGGCGAUGCGGCCACCAGCGGUUUCGAUGUGAUCUUCAAGCGGAUGACCUUAUUGGACUUUGAGCGCCCCAACUUCAGUUUGUAUGUGACCGCGCUGUUUAAGAAGGUUAUGGGAUCAAGGGUGUUCCCUGCCCUACCUCUGAAUGUUUUUGCGCCGACCAACAAGUUGUAUACCCAUUGUGCGAAUGCCGUAUCUGGUGGAUUGGCUUUCAUGGUGGUCAAUACGGAGGAGCAGCCGACUACGAUUACGGUUAAGAGCGCCAAACUGACAAGUAGCGAAAUUUGGCAGUAUGUCCUUACGGGCUUGGAUCAACGCGUCCAGCUGAAUAAUGUUCCUUUGCAUCUAAAUACUACCUUGCGUCCUUUGAUUAAACCCAUCGACCCAAGUAAGCCACUGCAAUUAAUCACACCCAGCAUGUCGGUGAGUUUCUGGGUAUUACCCGAUGUCAAUCUGGAGCACUGUCAAUUCACGGAAAUCGAGGCAGGCGAUUCAAGCGUGGAAUCCUCUAAGGAAAAGACUCGUACUUACAAAUAUAGUUCCGCCGAUCGGUUGCUACAGCGAUUAAUCGAAGAAACUGCGGUUGCAAAGGGAUCUGUUCAGAGUUCCAUAAAUCGCAGUAGACGAUUUGUGCCCAAUAGUCAGGAGACUCCAGAUACCCUUCUCGAUCGUCUUUUGCAGCAUUUCAAGGAUGUGGGUCCCGCGAAGAGGGAAUCGAGUGUCACCAAUGAAAAGGUAAAGCCCCACAAAGCUUUGGCCUGGUUGUAUCAGGUCCUUGAAGAAACCCGCGAUGUAAUCAACAAGCGAUCCAAACGUAGCACUUCCAGCUAUUCGGGACCGUUCUUCUACAACCGCCAAGGUAAAAAGACAGCAAUGACCAAGAAGAUUACUGAGAUUCGUAAGCCAGAAAGGAAAAGCAAGCCCCUCUUCGACUUUGACGAGUUCGAUGAGGAGAAGUUCUUUAAGCCUGUAGGGGAGAAAUCGGAGGAAGUACCUACUUAUACACGACUUCCAGAAGGUGAUGUGCAUCUGAAGCACAUAGAGAGUGUUGAUGGUGAGGAGAACGAGCAGGAAGCUGAACAAGAAGUGCCCAAGAAACGUAGAACCAAGUCCAGAAACCAGCUGAAGAUCAUGCAGCGUGCUGAGGAUAAAGAAGAUGAACAGGAGCAGGAAGCUGAGCAAACAGAAGGACGUGGAAAGUUGCGUCUCCUGCCCACGGAAUUCUUUGAGGCCUUGCCUGCUCCCAAACCAAGUAAGCGACUGAAUCUGGGAGCCACCUUGAACUCGCUGCUCUUUCCGGAACCCUUCUCCAGCAAGGCCACCAUGGCCAAGGGUACGCAAUUACAAGCCAAGCCAGCUGAAGAAGCCGAAGUGGAUGUGGAACCAGUGCCAACUGUCAGGCGACGUCACUCCAAAAUAGGUCACGUGGCCAACGAUUUUUUGCAGGCCCAAAAGGAGUUGGGAAAGCAUUUCCUUAGCCACAUCAACGAACAUGAACAUGAGUUUUCCCUAGGCGAUGAGGCAUUGCGGGAAACUUCGCUUGAGACAGGAAACCCGGAAAAGAAAUCUCCCACACAAGACCUUUUUGGAACCAAGAACGCAGCCCCAACUCUGCACAAGAAACUUCCACAGAAGGUAGCCGACGAAGGAAUUACUUCCUGGUGGGAUAUUCCAGCAAUGCGAAGACGUCGUGCGAUAAGCGAAACAAAUUCUCUAAACGAACUCCGCUCGAAUGCAAUCGAUAAGUCAGAUCGCGAGGAGAUGUUGCCUCUGGGAAGAUAUACCUUCUACGAGUACAAAGUGGAUCAGGAUCCCGAGAAGGACAUUACCCAACCCACAGAGGAGAAGGAAUCCACGAUUAUGAAAAUCGGUAGCAAGACGCAGACUUCUGGCAAGAAGCACAGUAUAACACAUCUCUCCGACAGUCUUGUAAGCACAGUAAAAUCAAAGGUGAGCCGCUUCAUUAAUAUCAUCUCCAACCAUAUGAAUGAGUGGUAUAAUACGUUGACCAAACACCUGGAAACGGAAACACCAACCCAAAAACCUCGCAGGGAAAACUGGAUCGAGAAGUAGAAACAUUUGUAUUACGAUAUUUAAAUAACUUGUGUAAACUAUCAGCAUUAAAAUGUAAUGUAAAUAUUUAAUUGUGUACAACAAAGUGAUUAUUGCAUUUAAAUGACGCUUAUUUGAUAGAUAAUUUUUGGGGAAUUAUCUCAUUCAAGUAAAAAACGCAGGACUUAGACAACGAACUAGAAUGGCUUUAGAUAAGCUUAUGCUAGAUUGUUGAGCUAUUAAUAUUGUACUAGCUCAUGAAUUACCGUAUGAUAAAAUAAAGAACCAGAAAAUAAAUAACUACUUA